UCGGAACAUCUAAGGAAUUUCCAAAUAGCACUGGAGUAAUGGCAGCCAUGUUUUAACCAAACAGAAAGUUUGAAUAUUUAUUGAUAUGUCCGACCAAAAUGACAACGUUUACUAUAUUCUUCUUGCCGAUAAAAUAGGAAAGAAGAAAGAAAGGGGAAUCUUACGGACGACAUCUAAAGUUGACGUGUUACCCGGAACUCUCUUGUUACUGGUGGAGGAACGAAAUGAUAAACAGAGGAACACCCUGUGGUGGAUAUUAGAGACUUUAGACCCAGAAAAUAUUGAAAUCGAGUGUCAACCGACGGAUACUGGACAACUCAGCAAGACAGAGUUCGCCCUUCUUCAACCUAUUCCCGUUUGUGAAGAACGUCUGUCCAUUUUUCAAGAUCAAGAAUGGCUGAAAGAGGGGGCACAACUCCAAAUUAAUGACCAAGUGACAGUAGCCGUGAAGGGACAACCUUAUUUGAAGGGGAUAAUUAAGUACAAAGGAGAAUUACCCGGAGUGAAGGGGAUUCAGUUCGGGAUUGAACUCUUGGGGGAGAGUAAAGGGAAGGGGACUUGUGAUGGAGUGUUCAGAAAGAAACGUUUCUUCACCUGUGACCAAAACUGUGGUAUAUUUGCUGCGAUUCACAAGGUUCGGAGAGACCCUGAUGUUCCGAAUCGCCGUCAGUACUCUGACCGAUCCAUUCCCAUCCACAAUGAUUCUCCCUUGUAUCAAGAGGAGCAAAAGUUGAUUGAAGAGUCCGGGCUGAGAGAGAAGGACAGAAUCGUGUGGAUAAGUGACAAUGGUCCGGAGUUUGGGGAGGUCAAAUGGAUUGGGAUUCUGCCGGACAGUAACAGAAGGGACAUCACAGUCGGGGUUGAAUUUGAGAAUCCAGUUGGAUCAGGUACAGGAAAGUAUAAAAAUCACAGACUGUUUUAUGCUAAAGCUCAGCAUGCAUCAUUAGUUCCUAUAAUGGGUUUAAUGAAGGCUGAUGUAUACAUGGAAAUGAACCAAGGGGCAGGAGCCUUUGGCGCUGGCUACCAGCCAGAUUACGGAAUCUUCCAGGAACCAGAGCUAAUCAACUCCCCGAGGUCUUCCCAGACAAGAAGUGCACAACAAAAUGUAGUGCAAAGUUACAAUCCAAUUCAGAGAGAAAUUUUACCCAACCCUGUAAUUAGCCCAGAAAGGGGAAGUUACUCUAGUAAUUCCUCCUCCUCAUCCCAUCAACUGAUGCUGUCAAAGGAUCAAAUCCAAGUUCACCUACCUCCACUAUCUCCAAAAGAGAAGCUCCCCCCGCCUGUUAUGAAGGAGCCAGCCCCUCCUGUGAGACAGAUGGAAGAGGAGAAACCAGCCGAACUGGGGGGCCCCAACCCCCUGUAUGAGUACACUAAAGCACAAGAUCAGCAGGGUGAGAUAAAGGUCGAAUCCAUGGAACAGCCCAACAGUCGGCGAAGUAACCCCAACUCUCGUUCCUUGAUGCCAGCUGACCCCGACCUUGAAGUGGGUUCUAUGGUGGAGGUUAUGUCCAACCCACCCCUUUACGGGGUCAUCCGAUGGAUGGGCUACCUCCCGGACCAGAAAGAACCGGUCAAACCCAUUGCAGGCCUGGAGAUGGAAGAAGAAAUAUCAGCUGGAACAGAUGGAAGCUUUGGAAAGCAUCGCCUGUUUUCUUGUCCACCAAAGAAGGCAUUCUUUGUACCUCUUUAUAAAUGUCGAAAAGACAAACGUUUUGUUGACAAUGCACGUCGCAAUAGUGGAGUUUCCAAUAACUUUGGAAGCAUGGAGACUCCGGAUGUGUUAGGAAAUAUCUCUCCACCUGUUUCUCUGGAUGUUAAACAAAUAGAACAAGAAGUGUGCGGAAAACAAAAAGGCAUUCAGGGUCAUCAUAACUCUUGUUACUUGGACGCUACUUUACUAGCUAUGUUUUAUUUUACCACAGUGUUUGAUGGAAUUUUAUAUAGACCUAAACGUAUGGAUGACUUACGAGAAUAUGAUGAAGUAAAACAAGUAAUUAAAGAAGGCAUUGUGAAUCCAUUAAGGAAACAUAAUUAUGUACGAGCUGAUAAAGUUAUGAAGUUACGUCAUCUUCUGGAUAAAUUAGGGAACAUUCCUGGGAUGAUGAGCGAAGAGAAAGAUCCAGAAGAAUUUUUAAAUUUACUUUUAAACCAAAUAACCAAAGCGGAUCCAUUCUUACACAUCAGAUCGGACAAUGGUGGAGGUACCCAGCAUUCCUUUCUGUAUCAGCUGAUCAUGGAGAAGGAUGAACGUCUAGUGCUUCCUACCACACAACAGCUGUUCGAGUUGUCUUUUCUCCAGAUGAAAGUGAAACUAGAAGAGCGCCCACCAUGUUUGAUUCUUCAGAUGCCAAGAUUUGGAAAGGAUUACAAGAUGUACCGCCGUAUUGUCCCCAGUCUGGAGCUCGAUAUCACAGAUGUACUACAGAAUGCCCCGCGCGAGUGCAUUAUUUGUGGAGAUCUGGCCGUGUUUGAGUGCAAGGAAUGCUACAACCAGCACGGGGCGGGACUAAACACCAUCGCCUUCUGUGAGGGCUGUAAGGACAUGAGUCAUAAACACAAGGUCCGGAUUAACCACAAGUGGGAGGCCAUUACUGUUCCUCAGGAAUACAAAGCCAUCCACAACGAACAGAGAACAAUCCAGCAACAGAAUCCCACGAUACCUCGAGAGAAAAUGGAGCUGUUCGCUGUUGUGUGUAUACAAACCAGUCACUAUGUAUCGUUUGUCAAGUGUGGCAAAGGCAAGGAUGCUCAGUGGAUCUUCUUUGAUUCAAUGGCUGAUAGAAUGGGUGAACAAAGUGGAUAUAAUAUACCAGAGAUAAAACUCUGUCCAGAUUUAUCAAAAUGGUUGUCCGAUGAUUAUCAGGAAGAAAUAAUGCGUAGAACUGACGACAAGGAACUUCCGGAGCAUAUUCGUCGCCUGCUUUGUGACGCCUAUAUGUGCAUGUAUCAGAGUCCAGAGGUAUCCAUGGUACGAUGAGAAUCAAGCCUGGAUGUGCAGUUCCAACUAUGUACAAGCAUUUUAAUAGCAUUAUAGUACCGGGUAUCACAAUGUGACAGAUAAAAGCACCUGUAAAACCCACAUCUCCAUCCAUCAAAGGCUUUGUAGUAAUUUAUGGGAGUUAUAUGCACUCAUCUACAUUUAUUUAUUGUAAAUACUGCUAGGAUGUGUGCUUGUGCAGACUUGAUAAGUGUGAUAUGUUAUGAGAUAUCUUUAUGUAUUGUCUACCUUAGAGAUCUUCAUUAAAUGGUAAAAUAUUGAACGUUUUGUUUUCCGUCCAUAGUGAGUAUUUCAGCUUUGGUGUUUCAAGUUUCUGCUGCAUGGCGUGUGAACUGUUUGUUAUGCAUGUACAAAUGAAAUUGCAAAAGUAAUAAAAUGCAUUAAGAAUUGA